ACUUGCCACAGCUGAUAUGUGUAUAACCUGCAUAUAACAUGUUGUCACCAACAUUUUCGCCUUUCAUAACUAAAUUUUAGUUUUAUACGCAAACUUGUGCAACAACAUACAAUUCCCUUGCUUUAAAACGAUUUAAUCAUUUAUUCAAACAUGUCUUCUGAGGAUGUUAUUAAUGGUGCUGAUCUAUUUUUGCGUGAGGUGCCGAACGUGAAAAUAGGUAAACCAGUGAAGUCCAUACCAACUGCGCCUAAGGCAAAGGAGGAACUUCAAGUGCUUAGACUUAGUCUCAAGGCACAAGAAAAUAUCAUGGAAACUUUAAAAUUCAUUCAUGGGGAGGAGUAUUCAUUGGAUGAUGCUUCUUCCUAUGUGGACAAGGGAAGCAGUUUAGGCAACAAAUAUUGGGUUGGCAGAGGAAAUCUGGUGAUUAAGGGAUGCUAUGAUUAUUCAAACUCAAACAAAGAACCUGAUAGUGAGGUGGAGAGACUUAAAAUGUUUGCUGCAAUGAGAUUAGAAAGCUAUGGUUUUCACAAAGAGCACUGCCAGGAAGCACUAGACUUUUGUAAUGGUGAAGUUGAAGACUCAUUAGGAUUACUCUAUGAGAAAUAUUUGAAGUUGAAGCCUAAUGUUGGUCAGGAUGUUCCUGAACUAUCUCAAGAAGAACUUUUAGAGCACAGGCUGGAUGAAAAAAGCGUCUUGGAGUCAAUCUAUGAAGAUGCCUUUAAAGAAAAGGUCAAGGACUCAGUGUGGAUCAUAACAUUAAAAUUAGAUUAUCUAGUAAAUUUGUACCACAAAAAUAAACCAGCAAAAAAUCAUAGCAAUGCCAAUACGAAAAACAACGUGAGGAAAAAAGAGAAGUGUCGUUUUUUCUUACGAAAUCAAAAGUGUAAAUAUGGUAAUAACUGUCGAUUCUCCCACGAAGAUGAUUCAAUAACUCCUGGGAAUUCGCCAAAUGAUCAUUUAACGAACUUCAAAUUUGAGUUGGAGAUUCGUUUUCCAAAAGACACCAAAUAUCCUUACGAAACACCUAUUAUAUUCUUGAAAACUGACGCCGUUGUCCCGCAUCAGAUUCCCCUUCAUAUCUGCAAACGCCUUCACCAGGAAGCAAUGCUGUCUGCUCAAGAUGGCAUGCCGUGCGUGUACUCCGUUUGUGAGUUGCUCAAAAACGAAGAGGAAAUUACACAUUAUCUGAAAACUGUCGAAAUGGACUUUUUGUUACCACACGAGUCACUCUUUCCAAAGACUACAGAAGACACCAAUCGGCGUAAUCGACCCACGCAUUAUAAAAAAGGAGCGACGAAUCGCGAUAACAAACGCGAAUAUUCAAUGACUGAGAUCAUUAAAGAAGAUCGCCGCAUUCAGCAACAAUUCUACACCAAACAGACGAAUGCUGCAUACAAAAAGAUGCAAACCGUGCGGAACAAUUUACCUGCUGCCAAUUUCAAAGAAACGAUACUUGAGACCUUGCAAGGAGCGCAAGUUAUUGUCAUAAGUGGUGAGACAGGUUGCGGUAAGAGUACACAAGUUCCACAGUUUAUCCUCGAUGACUGGUUGGGAUCCAAAGAGGAGGAUAAUUUUAAACAUGUUGAGAUUGUUUGUACACAACCGAGACGUAUUUCGGCUAUUGGGGUCGCGGAAAGAGUAGCAGAUGAACGCGUUGAGAAAGUCGGUAAUACCAUCGGAUAUCAAAUUAGAUUGGAGAAUAAAAUCUCCAGCAGCACCCGACUCACUUUUUGCACCACUGGUAUAUUACUGAGAAGAUUAGAGGUAGAUCCUUUACUGUCAACAGUUACUCAUAUUGUUGUUGACGAAGUACACGAGCGCAGCGAAGACAGUGAUUUUUUACUUCUGAUCCUACGUGACUUACUUCCACUCCGUAAAGAUCUCAAAGUCAUUCUCAUGAGCGCGACGCUCAAUGCUAACAUCUUCUCGGACUAUUUUGGCAACGUUCCAGUGCUUGAGAUUCCAGGUCGCACUCAUCCUGUCGAUCAGAUCUUCCUGGAAGACAUACUCGAAAUCACCAACUACGUGUUCGACGAAUCCUCUCAAUAUGCGCGAAGUGUUAAGGACAAAAACAUCGAGCAGGAUUUGCUCAACGGUGAAGUAUCACGGAUUCACACCAAGCCCAAAAACGUCGUUAAGGACGAGAACCUAAAAUAUUCAGAGAUGUUGGCACGCUACAGCGAUUGCAGUCCGAAAACGUGCAGGACCUUGCAUCUGAUGGAUCCGGAAAAAGUAAAUUUAGAUUUAAUCGAAGCGGUUCUCUUAUGGAUAGUGUCGGGUGAUCACGAUCAUCCGAAGUACGGUUCGAUUUUAGUAUUCCUUCCAGGCAUUGCGGAAAUCACGGCGCUGCACGACCAACUUUCCUGUCAUCCGGAGUUCAGCCCGAAGUAUAAACGCUACAUGCUGGUGCCACUGCAUUCGAGCCUUAGUAGUCAGGAGCAGGCGAUGGUUUUUGAAAAACCGAAGGAUCCGGCCAUGAGAAAAAUCGUACUGUCGACGAAUAUCGCAGAGACCUCCAUCACCAUUGAUGAUUGCAUCUUCGUGGUGGACUCAGGGAAAAUGAAAGAAAAACAUUUCGACUCCAACCGCAAUAUGGAGAGUCUAGAAACUGUGUGGGUAACUCGCGCCAACGCGCUCCAGCGAAAGGGUCGAGCUGGUCGUGUGACGUCCGGCAUUUGCAUACAUUUAUAUACCUCACAUCGUUACACCUACAAUAUUCUCGGCCAGCCUAUACCGGAGAUUCACCGCGUACCUCUAGAGCGACUUGUACUGAACAUCAAAGUCCUGCCAAACUUUUCGGAGCGCGAUGUUCACGAUGUUUUGGUAAAAACAAUCGAGCCACCUGUUCGUGAAAGCAUCGAUUCGUCUAUCAUUCGACUACAAAGCGUGGGCGCGCUGGAUAGGGAUAAUAAUUUAACACCGCUGGGUCAUCAUUUAGCUGCACUGCCGGUCGAUGUGCGCAUUGGCAAAUUGAUGCUCUUCGGUGCGAUAUUUUCGUGCAUUGACAGUGCACUCACAAUGGCUGCAUGCUUGAGUUAUAAAACGCCGUUUGUUGCCCCGUUUGGGCAGCGAGAGAAGGCGAACAAGGCGAGGCAAAAAUUCGCGAUGGGCAUGAGUGAUCAGAUGACGGUUUUAUUGGCGUACAAUAAAUUUCAAGAGGCAAACAAGAAAGGCUACUUUGCGGGAUUAAACUUUGCCAAGGAGAAUUACCUCUCGCAUCGAACUUUGCUCACAAUUAGCGAUGUAAAGUUUCAAUUUUUAGAACUUUUAGUAAGCAUAGGUUUUAUUCCUAUCAACAUUACCAAGCGGCCUAAGUCGGGGCAAGAUAACAUCUUGGCACUAACAGGUGCAAAGUUUAAUGAGUACGGGUCUAACACCAGAAUAUUAUCAUCGAUUUUAUGCGCCGCGUUAUAUCCGAACGUUUGCAAGGUGUUGCAGCCGGAGAAAACUUUUGUUUCAAGCGCCGCUGGGGCCGUGCCCAAACAAUUAGAAGCUAAAGACUUUAAAUUCAAAACCCGGCAAGAGCAGGUGUUUCUACAUCCAAGUUCAAUUGUUUUUGAACUCAAAUAUUUCCCUAGCCCGUUUAUGGUCUAUCAAGAAAAGGUGAAAACGUCGAAAAUUUUUAUCCGGGAUUGUUGCGUUAUUCCAGCAAUUCCGUUGGUGCUCUUUUCCGGUUUCGACGUCAACAUCAACAUUCACAACGGAAUCACAUAUCUGGAAUUGGACGAUAAAUGGAUUAUGUUUGAGGCCGAAGAACACAAGGUCGCCGAAAUGAUCAAGACGAUACGCGUGGAAUUGCUGGAUUUAUUGGAGGAGAAGAUCAAAGAUCCGCUAUUGAAUUUACAGAACAACGCGAAGGGCGAGCGCGUCAUCGGUACCAUUUUACAGAUGGUCACUGGUGAAUGACAACGGGUUUAACUAUUAUUUAUUUUCGCGAAAUAAUUUAUUUUUUUAUUUAUGUAAAUUAUAAAUUAUUUUCAAUACUGUUGGAUUUGUUUGAUCUUUAUUGACACGUGUAAUAAAGAGAACGUUGUUAUUUUAAA